AUGGCUAAAAAGAAUCGAAAAAACGAUGCAAAUAGCGCCAGGUCUGUUCAAACGAACGGAGUAAGAAAUGCAGAAGAGGCUACCGCUACCCUCGAUAGUAAUGAAGACAUUUCAAUAGAAACUAGCAGCACAGUAGAGCCUCAGACAAUGAUGAAUACUAUCAACACUAGUAAUGAAGCACAAAAUACUACCGCACAAGGUCAGAAUGUGUCUCAGGAUUAUGCAAAUGAGCAGCUCGUUGUCAAUCAAGAGGCCCUUGUCCAAGCUUUACUACACCUUCGCUCAGAACUAGCAAAGGUCCAGAAUGAAAAGAACGAAUUAGAGAGCGAACAUACCUCGCUGUUAGAGCAAUUAAAGUCAAGCAAGCAAAGCAACGGAACAGCUGACCAAAACGCAUUAUUAGAUGAAUUACAAAGUCGAUUGGAGGAAACCAACAACGAGAAACAAGCGUUGAUGAAGGAAUGUGAUAAUUUAGCAACUGAAUUACAAAAUACGAGAGAUGAUAAACAGCGAUUAGAGACAGAACAUGAAGGAAUUAUAGCCAAAGUCAAAGUUUUUGCGGAUAAAGUCAAAUCCGAUAUGGAAGAGCUUGAGAAAGCACGUGAACAAGUUAUAGACCUUGCCCAGCAGAAACAGCAGCUUAUGAAGUUAGUUUCAGAAUUGAAUGUUGAACUCGAAGAUGUAAAAGGACAAUGUCAAAUUUUGACGCGAGAAUUAGAGAUGUCGCGUUCCCAUUCUAUGAAAAUUGAUCAACAGGCAGCACAAGAACUCAUACAAAAGGAUGGCCUAAUACAGAAGUUGGAGGAUGAUUUGGAAAAUGUUAUUAGAGAGAAAGGAGAAUGGGAAAUGGUAGCCAUGCAAUUGAGGGGAUCUAAGGAUGAUAUGAUUACGUGUAUUAAACAAUUGGAAAGAGAAAUUGAAGUAUUGCAGAGCGAGAAAGAAGCUAUUAAAUUGGAGAAAGAUGCCGAAUCUGAGAGCUUGAAUAACUUACAAGGCGUUCUUGAAGAGUUCCAAGCAGCAAAGGAAUCCGAAAUAAGAGAGAUUGUCGAGGGCAUUGAGCGAAAACUCAGUAUUACUACUACAGAAUUGUCCGAGUACAAAGAGAGAGCGAUUCGAGCCGAGAGUGAAUUGUCACAGGUAAAGGAUGAAAUCAAUAGAGUUCAGCAGUAUGAAAAAGAUAUAAAGGAGAAGAAUCUACUAAUUGGCAAACUGCGGCACGAAGCGGUAAUACUUAACGAGCAUUUAACGGAGGCAUUACGACGCAUGCGAGAAGAAUCUAGUGAGAAUAAUGUAGACAGACGGCUGAUAACGAAUCUCUUGAUUGCCUUUUUUAACACUCCACGUGGUGAUAGUAAACGAUUUGAGAUUCUACAAUUAAUGGGCAGUGUACUGCACUGGACAGAUGAACAGAAAGAACAAGUCGGGCUAAUUCGAAAAGCUCCAUCCACACCGCGAUCCUCUGAUGAGAGAACAAGCAGAUGGGGUUCUGGGUUAUGGACGCCGACAACAGAACGGCCGCGUAGCCGGCUGUCUGAAGACAUCCCGAGGACUAGAGCUAUAUCGGCAGAAAUACCAAGGACUGAUGAAGGAUCGAAAGAGUCGUUUUCGGAUAUGUGGAUAUCAUUUUUAUUGAACGAGGCAACUAAGGAUAAUGACCAUGGUCGGAAAUCAGAGUCUGCUAAUACUGAAAAUAAGGCGACAUAA